GGGCGGCAUUGCUACAUGUAGGUACGAAUACGUUAUAAGGCAAUCGGACUUCAAUCACACCGUCCUAGUCCGAUUACAUGAUGGAAAUUCCCCCUUUCCAUUCAUUCUAGAUCCUGCCAAAUUAACUAUCUCUACUUCGUAUAAAUCAUUUUAGCUAAAUCCCAAUUGUUGACCUGGCAAAUGUCGCGAACAUGGCCACGGCUCCCCACCCGAGAUCCAGUCUACGACGUACUGCCUGUGACCGAUGUCGGCAUUCGAAAUUGAAAUGUUUCCGUGACGAGAACCAGCGGAAAUGCGCUCGCUGCUUACGACUCGAGCUGCGCUGUGAAGUUGCGCCAGCCAAACCUCCGGGACGGCCUCGAAAAGCACCUCCUUUAGCACCUGCCGUAGUAGCUGAGUCAACAGACAAUAUAGAUGUUAUAUCCCCACAAUUUCUAGAAAACGGGACGCAAAGUUCCGCGGACGAAGAACCACAGUACAGUCUGUCGCAGACUCAGAACCCUGACGGCCUUGAGCCGGGGGCGUUCGGCCAGACUCCACUAGCAUCACACAAUAACAUCAACGGCUUCAUCCUAGCGCUUAUGCCGCCGAUCCCCGAUCUAAAAGCGCCCGAGUGGUACGAAACAAGCCGCUUCGACGCGGGCUUUGCUCCGAGCAGGGACCCGCUAGAAGUACACAGUCUCUUCACCGUGAAGCUCGAUCGACAAGAAUGUCUCAAAGAGCUCUCGCAACUAAACGUCGACCUAGACGUCCUAGUCCAAGCAGUGAAGAAAUUAGAAGACGACGGAAAACUCAACUUCGCCGCCUUCUGCUCGCACUUCCCCCCACCCGCCGGCGACGGCGUCUCCUUCGCCGAGAAAUUCCUCAUCAUGUCGCAGCGGUUCCAGCAAGCCAUCACGAAUCUCAGCUGGGUUGUGAAAAACGACCCAAAGCCGUUGCAAAACACAACAUCCAUUAUCGGCGACAGCGACCUCCCCCUCGAUCCUCUCCUCAACAUCACCGGACCCCUCCCAACGCCCCUAACCCAGCACGAGGAAACCUCCCCGCCAACCCCUGAAAACAGGACUUACGACCAAGGCGAGCUCCUCGAAACGCCAUUCGCCUGCCUCCUCGUAAGCUGCUACGUGCAGCUCAUCAUGCUCUGGGAGAAAAUGUGGUUCCACGUGCGAAAACGCACGAGCGGGAGCGACCUCUCCGAACUAACGCUGUCCGACCCAAGCAAAGGGGUACAAAUGGGGGCCUUCUACAUCUUCAGCGGGCGUCUACAGAGCAUGUUCUUCUGCCAAGCAGUGCUGUACUUCCUAGACAACAUCGACCGGGGGUUAAGCAUCCACCCUGAACAGCGGGCGCAAGGGGUCCGCGGGCUGUUAUCGCGCUCGCAGCACUUCGAGCUGCUGCAGCGGGAGCUCGGCGGGGAGGUUAGUGCGGGGGAGAGCGAGCGGGUGAGGGUGUUGAAGGAGACGGUUGAGAAGACGAGGGUGUUCACGCUGAAUGAUGUGGGGUGUUCGCUGUUCCGCUCUUGAUUUGGCGAGAGCGACCACGUCUAGGCUUGUCUCGCUUAGGACAGGCUUCGCUUUGCGGGAUACUCUGCGAAGCUUCCUUCGAGACGUAGCCAGAUCGGCAUGUCUAUAAUUCUCGUCGGCGAAUCCAAGAUCUUCGGUCGUUCCCCGGGGCGAAGAACCGAGACUAGACCGAGUUUCCCACCGGUCGAGGAACACGACUCCUCGAAUGAACAGGCAUUAUAUAUUGCCGUCCGGCUAAUAUUAUGCGAGGUUAUACGUGCGGAAAGGACUGUGAGCAACACCGUCGUUAUUAGACGUGGCAGUAGACGAUACACUCUGCCUUGGGUUGAUAAUAGAUAUGCGGGUACUCUUCUCGCUUCUACAGGGUUGAUUGAGGAUAAAGGAGAGAUCUACGAUUCAAGUUAGCGAAGUAGAUCGAUGAGUUAAGGAGGUUAAGUAUAUCGGGCGAUAUGAUCCUAUCCUUUCAACACUCUUCUCUCUCGGCCAAGCGAACUCCACUAUCUGUGAUACCCCCCGACUCAUUCAUGAGGUCAGAGGAAUAUUACUUAGAUGAUAUUAUGAGGUUAAGAAUAGGAGAGAAAAAAGAAAAGCAAGCGUUUCAAAUGUACAAUAUUAAAUAUAACCAGUGUCAAGAAGCAAUUCAGGGGCCCUGUCCCUACGCGGGGUUGAGCCUCUUAUGACAUAACACUACCAAAAUUAAAAAAUUAUU